CGGAGCGCGCCCGGCCGCGCGCCGCCCGACGCCAGCGCCCACGGCCCCGCACGUCGGACAGCUCGGGCGCAGCGCGUCCCGCCGAGCGCAGCAGGACCCACACGCCAUGCGCGUCCCAACAGGCUGCUGAGCGCGGGCGGCGAUGUCGGGGCGCGGGGCUGCGGGCUCCGGUCGGGGGCUGCUGCUAGCGCUGCUGCCGGCGCUCGGCGCGCUGCCGCGGGUGCGGGGCGUCGAGGAGGGGCCUGGCAGCGCGCACGGACACAGCCAGGGUUUCCAGGUGGUCACCUUCGAGUGGCUCCAUGUCCAGGACCCGUACAUCAUUGCGCUGUGGAUCCUCGUGGCCAGCUUGGCCAAGAUCGGUUUCCAUCUGUCGCACAAGGUCACCAGCGUCGUCCCCGAGAGCGCGCUGCUCAUCGUCUUGGGCCUGGUGCUGGGCGGCAUCGUCUGGGCCGCUGACCACAUCGCCUCCUUCACGCUGACGCCCACCGUCUUCUUCUUCUACCUGCUGCCCCCCAUCGUGCUGGACGCCGGCUACUUCAUGCCCAAUCGGCUCUUCUUUGGGAACCUGGGCACCAUCCUGCUGUAUGCCGUCGUCGGCACCGUGUGGAACGCGGCGACCACCGGACUGUCCCUCUACGGCGUCUUCCUCAGCGGCCUGAUGGGGGACCUGAACGUCGGACUGCUGGACUUCCUCCUGUUCGGCAGCCUGAUCGCCGCCGUGGACCCGGUGGCUGUCCUGGCCGUGUUCGAGGAGGUGCACGUCAACGAGGUCCUGUUCAUCAUCGUCUUCGGGGAGUCGCUGCUGAACGACGCCGUCACUGUGGUCCUCUACAACGUGUUUGAAUCUUUCGUGACGCUGGGUGGUGACAAGGUGACUGGCGUGGAUUGCGUGAAAGGCAUAGUGUCCUUCUUCGUGGUGAGCCUGGGCGGCACGCUGGUGGGGGUUGUCUUCGCCUUCCUGCUCUCGCUGGUGACGCGCUUCACCAAGCACGUGCGCAUCAUCGAGCCGGGCUUCGUGUUUGUCAUCUCCUACCUGUCCUACCUCACAUCCGAGAUGCUGUCGCUGUCCGCCAUCCUGGCCAUCACCUUCUGCGGCAUCUGCUGCCAGAAGUACGUGAAGGCCAACAUCUCAGAGCAGUCGGCCACCACCGUGCGCUACACCAUGAAGAUGCUGGCCAGCGGGGCCGAGACCAUCAUCUUCAUGUUCCUGGGCAUCUCGGCCGUGAACCCCCUCAUCUGGAAGUGGAACACGGCCUUUGUGCUCCUGACCCUGGUCUUCAUCUCUGUGUACCGGGCUGUUGGUGUCGUCCUGCAGACCUGGGUCCUGAACCGGUACCGGAUGGUGCAGCUGGAGAUCAUAGACCAGGUGGUCAUGUCCUACGGCGGCCUGCGUGGGGCCGUGGCCUUCGCUCUGGUCGUCCUCCUGGAUGAGAAGAAGGUGAAGGAGAGGGACCUGUUUGUCAGCACGACCCUCAUUGUGGUCUUCUUCACGGUUAUCUUCCAGGGCCUGACCAUCAAGCCCCUGGUGCAGUGGCUGAAGGUGAAGAGGAGCGAACAUCGGGAGCCCAAACUCAACGAGAAGCUGCACGGCCGGGCUUUCGACCACAUCCUCUCAGCCAUCGAGGACAUAUCGGGGCAAAUUGGACACAACUACCUCCGCGAUAAGUGGUCCAACUUUGAUAGGAAAUUCCUCAGCAAAAUCCUCAUGAGACGGUCGGCACAGAAGUCUCGAGAUCGGAUCCUGAAUGUUUUCCACGAGCUCAACUUGAAAGACGCUAUCAGCUAUGUGGCUGAGGGAGAGCGCCGUGGGUCCCUGGCCUUCAUCCGUUCCCCCAGCACCGACAACAUGGUCAACGUGGACUUCAGCACACCACGGCCCUCAACCGUGGAGGCCUCUGUCUCCUACCUCCUGAGGGAGAACGUGAGUGCGGUGUGCCUGGACAUGCAGUCGCUGGAACAGAGGAGGAGGAGCAUCCGUGACACGGAGGACACGGUCGCGCACCACACCCUGCAGCAGUACCUGUACAAGCCUCGGCAGGAGUACAAGCAUCUCUACAGUCGGCACGAGCUGACCCCAAAUGAAGACGAGAAGCAGGACAAGGAGAUCUUCCACAGGACCAUGCGGAAGCGCCUGGAGUCCUUCAAGUCCGCCAAGCUGGGCAUCAACCCGAACAAGAAGGCGGCAAAGCUCUACAAGAGGGAGCGCGCCCAGAAACGGAGAAACAGCAGCAUUCCCAAUGGGAAACUGCCCCUGGAGAGCCCCAUGAACAAUUUCACCAUUAAGGAGAAAGAUUUGGAACUUUCAGACCCCGAGGAGGCCCCGGACUAUGGUGCUGAAAUGGGUGGGGGGAUCGAGUUCCUGGCAAACAUCACACAAGACACCACGGCCACAGACUCCCCGUCAGGAAUUGACAACCCCGUGUUCUCCCCGGAUGAGGACCUGAGCAUCCUCUCCAGGGUGCCACCCUGGCUGUCCCCUGGGGAGACGGUGGUGCCCUCCCAGAGGGCGCGUGUGCAGAUCCCCUGCUCUCCAGGCAACUUCCGCCGCCUGGGGCCCUUCCGCCUCAGCAACAAGUCCGUGGACUCCUUUCUGCAGGCUGAUGGCCCCGAGGAGCAGCCCCACACGACCCUCCCUGAGUCCACGCACAUGUGACACGGGCUCCGACGUGCCGCUGACCGGACGCUCGUCCCCUCCCGCCGCCGAGAAGCCCCCGCUCCCCGCGCGGUCCCCGCGCCCGCGCGCCCUGAGCCCGGCCGCGCCCGCCGACGGCCCGCCCGCCGAGGCCCCGCCCACCGGCGCCCCGCCCACCGCCCCGCCCGACCGCGAGCCCGGCGCCGGGCCGGAGCGCCGCGGGCUCCCGGGCGCGCAUGCGCGGUCGGCGGCGGCGCGCCGCGUGCACAGCCGUCGCUCUUUCCAGCGGCCCCGCGCGCGCCGCCGCCCCGCGCUACUGAAGCUCGCGUCCCUGCAGCCCUCGUGCCACGCGCCACCGCACGCGCUGGAGCAGGAGGAGACGCCGCUGUGACGCCCUGGCCCCGGGGUCUCCCGCGGCCGGGGUCUAGGUGAGGGUUUAGAAUCCGUCCCGGGGGACCGCGUGUGCCACCGGGCCUGACCCUCGGAAUUCCCGGGAGCCACCUGCAGAGAGGCCCCUGUGGGCGACGGAGGGGACCGUGGCAGAGCCUCUUCCUGCUGCCGCGCGGUCUGGGCCCGUGCCUUUGCCCGGACACUCGGCCGUGGGUCCUACUGGGCGCCUGCCCCGGUUUUGAACCCAGCCGGCCCUUGUGUGUUACUGUCAGCCCUGACUUAGCCUCAGGAAGGGCCCUGGGUCCCCAGAAGUGGGCUCCGUGUUCGAGGUCUUGCCGUUUUGUGUCCACGCUCUCAUCUGCACUGCCAGGGACACGGAGACUGGGUGCCCGCCCAGGAUUCCUGGCUCUCACCCCCAGGGAGGCAGGAGCCCAGGUUCCAGGAGCAAUCUGCGGCCGAGGGGCCGGCCCUGUGUGCUGUCCUAGCGUACACUUUCUGGUUCUCUGAACUACCUGUCACCUUAGGGACACCUUAGGUACAACUGCAGACACGUUUGUCCUUUUUGUGUUGUAACUUCCAGAGCUCAGCACGGGCCUGACUCUGGCCCAGGCAUCAGUGUGGCAGCCCCUGGGUUCCAGGUGUUACCCCAUGCCCAAACACCUGGUCUCUGGCCUUAGUUGUCCCACCUGCUGCAAGGAGAUGGCCGGGCCGUCCGAAGGUUGCACUGGCCAUGUGGGCAGGUCUACACAGCUCCAGCUGAAUGCAGGGAGCCUUCACAUAGCAAGCAGCUUACUGGGGCCAGGGCCAGGUGGGGCGGGGACCUGCUGUUUCAUGGAGAGCCAAGGGACUUGGAGCAGGGCUCAGACCUUCAUAGGACCUCUGGGCCUACCCUGAGAAUGCUGUAGCACAGACCCCUUCUCAACCCCUCCAGGGUCUCAGGGACAUGGCCUUGGGCAGAGCUGCACCCUCCCCCGCCCCCCGAUCCUCUGGAGGGAGACCACUGUCUGGCUGUCCUGUGGGGGGAGCAGAUGAGAGGGUGCGGUGAGGUGGCUGCCACAGUGAUCCAGGAGAGGCCCUCAUCCGUCCUUGCCUGUUGCUCAGACAGGGUUUUGUGGGAGGAAGAGGUAAUAAAGAUCAGAGGGAUGAGGGCCUUCAGACGGACACUCCUAGAAGCUCUUCUAAAGAAGCCCAGCUCAGCCCUGCUCAGGAGAGAGAGUGCUGCACUGUGACUGAGUUCUGUUGAUGCAAAUUGUCACAGCCAUCACGGGCGAGGCCUGAUAGCUCUCCAGUGUUUUCAUAGUGCACACUGAGACCCUGGCGAGAAAGUGUGCGAUCUGCUGUUCAUACCUUUGCUGUUGAGAAAUACAAGGGACAGUCACUGGGGCAUCUGCUCAGCAGCACAAAGCUCUUGACCCUGAGAGCAGAUCUGCCCAUCGCCUAAGUCACACACACAGGUGGGGAGGGGGGCGGGUUUCGUAGUUCUUCCCCACACUGUGCAACCAUUCUGACCCACUCCGUGAGCACAGAAUCCAGCCAUUAUCGGGGCCACAAAACCUGCCGGUUAGUGACCCGACAGACUGCCCCCAGGCCAGCCUGGUCACCAAGCCACAGCAUCCAAGCACACCUCCAGGAAGGCGUCCACUGCAGCCAGGUCAGACUAGGGCCCGCCGCCUAGGGCGCCCCAGGAAGAGUCCGCAGCCCAGCUGGUCCGGCAUCUCGCUGCCUUAACCACUCACCUGGAUCACUGGACCUGGACCCCAUGCCCCACUGCAGAGCUAGAGGCUGAGCCAGGGAGAGCGGCUCACAGGCAUGUCCUUCAACCCCAGAAAGAGUAAACCCAGGGUCUUGAGGCUCAGCUCUCAGCUGGUGUUUUCUGUCCUGGAUGGGCCCAGGGCCGAGUGCAGCCCUAGAGGAGCUGCAGUUCCAGGUGGGAAAGCUCCCAGCAGAGCCCCACAUGCCAGUGCUCCUGAGAGCUGUGGUGUUUCCUCCGUGGACAGCCUUACACAGGCUUGUGAUGUGGACACACUUCAUAAAUGAGAACCCUAGCUACUCUUGUCAUUGUAAAACAGAAUGUAAACAAAGUCUCAUGAAUGUAUUUCCUUAGGAAAACUGUUGUAAAACUUUUUAUUAUAAAAGAAUUCCUAUUUAUUUAACGCUGAACUUUGGCCUACUUUCUGGUAGACUGUAAAGAACACAAAGAUAGGAGUUGCUCUUUCACUUGUGUUUUCUUGAGAAUGAUUUUGUCACAGUGCUUAUAUACUGUGUGCCAGUGAGUCGUCAUCUGUCGUGAAAGGAGAUUUAAAGAAUUUCAUUGGAACUUGAUAUGUUAAGUUAGGAGUGGUGUAAAUUGCAUAUGUUAAUUUUAUGAAUGUAAUCUUCGUCAAAUUUUGUGAAUGUAAUCUUUGUCAAAUUUUGUGUAAUUGUGAUCACAGAACAAUGUGCCUUACAGCGUUGGGCAUGCUGGGCAGGGGCCCCGCCCAGACCCUGUCACACCCACAUGAUCUGGUCUAUUAAAGAUGUUUUAAGGCGGAGCGCCUGGGUGGGUCAGUGGGUUAAAGCCUCUGCCUUCAGCUUGGGUCAUGGUUUCAGGGUCCUGGGAUUGAGCCCACAACAGGCUCUCUGCUCAGCAAGGAGCCUGCCUCC